AUGCCCGGGGCCAGAUGGCCGGGCGCUGGGAUCUUGGGUCUCCUCCUGCUGCCCGCGGCCCUGGCACUGGAGGUGUCCGUGGGGAAGGCCGCCACCAUCUACGCCGUCAACGGCUCGGAGGUCCUGCUGCCCUGCACCUUCACCAGCUGCAUCGGCUUCCACAACCUGGCCUUCACCUGGUCCUACAACAGCAGCGACGCCUUCCGGGUGCUCCUCAAAGGGACCGUGAAGAACGAGAAGGCGGAGCCCCGGCUGCACGUGAGGGGCGAUGAGCGCAUCACGCUGGAGGGCUCCACCAAGGAGAAGAAGAACAACCUGUCCAUCCUGCUGCACGACCUGGAGUUCGGCGACACCGGCCGCUACACCUGCCACGUGCAGAACCCCAAGGAGAAGGACCUGCAGCACCAGGCCACCAUCUUCCUCCAAGUGGUGGAUAAGCUGGAGGAAGUGGACAACACGCUGACGCUCAUCAUCCUGUCCGUGGUGGGCGGCGUCGUGGGGCUCCUGGUCCUCAUCCUGCUCAUCAAGAAGCUGGUCACCUUCAUCCUCAAGAAGACUCGGGAGAAGAAGAAGGAGUGCCUGGUCAGCUCCUCGGGGAACGACCACACGGAGAACGGGCUGCAGGGUUCCAAGGCCGAGGAGAAGGAGCCCACCAAGGUGUAG